AUGAAGACAGCUACAGUCUUGCUUCUGGUGGCUUUGAUUGAUACAAACAUGAAUAUUGCUCUGUCUUCUCCCAAAAAAUUAGAAAAACCUGGAGCUUGUCCCAAGACUUCCCCAAUAGGAGUUAGCAUUUGUGUUGAUAAAUGCUCAGGAGAUCAAUCGUGUCCUGGCAAAUUGAAGUGCUGUCCCAGUAACUGUGGUCAUAUCUGCAUACCUCCUGUUUUUAAAGUCUCCUGGAGCUGCAUUUAUUUAGUGGAUGAUGAUGGAGAAGCAGGUAUGGUUCAGGAGUUCCCCAUUGUAAAGCAAUACAACAUCCUGCAGCAGUGGAUGUCAAAGCCCUGA